GGCAUACAUUUGUAGACAAGCAAAUCACUGAAAUAUGUCUAUUCAUCAUAAACACUUUCGUGAGGAACAAUCAAAUAGAUAAUACAACCCAGAUAGUAUCCCUUAUUUUGAAUACAUGCUCGGUGAAUAAUGCUGAAAUCAAAAGCUUCGAAGUGGCUAUUGAAUCUACAUACUUCUUAACUUAAAUUAUUUCAUUAAUAUAACCAUUCAUAGUCGAGUUAUCACCAUCAUCAUCAUUCUCAUUUUGUCAUCAGACGUCACAUGUUAAAUUGCAUUUGUUUCUUCUUUCCGUUUAAAAUCUCUGAAAUAUGAACAAAAGUAAACGUUAAGGAAUCGGAAAAAGAGAAGAAUACGUAAAGUACAACAAAAUUGUUUUGCUUCUGUGUUCUACAGUAGAAGACUAUAAGAAAUAAUUCCCUGCUUCCACAGAAUUCGAAACACUGACACACAAGAUACUGCUCAAAACACACAUUCCUUAUAUUUUUAAGUCAUUAUAUCGAAUUUUUAAAGUUUCCGAUAUUUAUUACGAAAGAGUAGAUUAACCAACAGGAACACUAUUCAUGUAUUAUUAAAAGGAAAUAUUCUAAUACAAAGCACUUUGAAACUGUAAAGAACAUAUUUUUGCAAUACCAUCCUCUCUGACGAGAAAAAUGUCCCGCCUGUCCGUGAGACGCUCGCCACCACAUGUGACUACUUCCUCAAGCCAUGAUCAAGCCCCCAAAAAUGUAGAAAUCGGGAAAAAUAUUGGUCGAUAUGGACCGGCCUAUUCGUGGAAUUUAUUUGAGGCUACUACACUAGACACAAAACGAAAAUGUACAGCAUUUAUGUGUGAUAAAAAGCUAUUGGAUAGAAUCAAUAAAAAUCGUCGACGUGAAUUAAUUUUAGAGACUCUACGCAGUGAUUUGACAAAUUUAAACAAACUGAAGCAUCCACGUUUCUUACAGUUGAUACAAGAUAUUGAAGAAAAUAAUGAAUAUCUCAUUUUCGUCACUGAACCUGUUAUGGGAAGUUUAGCAGAUUUGUAUAUACAUAAUCAGGAUUUCUCCUUUUGUGAACUUGAAAUUAUAUUUGGGGUGUAUCAGAUUACAGAUGCCCUUAGAUAUCUUCACAGUACUCAAGAACUCAUGCACUGUAACAUAAAUCCCUCAUCAAUAUUAUUGAUCAACAGAAGUAUCUGGAAACUUGGAGGUUUGAAUUAUUUGGAAAAGAUCGUUGACACUACAAAAGUUACUCCAAAAUUCACUGGAUAUUCUGUGAAAAUUCCUCGUGCUGCUCAACCAGAUUUAGACUAUAUUGCUCCAGAGGCUCAGUUGUAUAAUUCUAUGUCACCACUUGCAGACAUGUUUUCUUUGGGAAUGGUGGUAUGUGCACUGCACAAUAAAGGACAUUCUCUUAUUGAUUCAGAGCAAAAUCCAAGUGUUUAUGUCAAACGAAUACCUGAGAUCUCAAAUGCCUUUGAAAGAAUAUCUGAACGAUUACCCAAAGCUUUGUUGGAACCAGUGCGCAAAAUGAUCAGUCAGGAUGUUCGCGAAAGACCAACAUCACAGCUAUUUGCCUUGUUGAAAGUAUUUAAUGAGCCUACAGUUCUCUCCUAUGAAGGUCUUCUUACUUUAGGAGAUAAAUCGGUCAAUCAAAAAAAAGAAUUCUUCGGACGACUUCCGAAAGUUAUACCGUUAUUUGAACCAAUUGUCAGAUACAAAUAUAUUCUACCUCUAAUCUUACGUUGGUUGUAUGAGUCAAAUGAAUUAGUCCCCUACAUUCUACCAUCUUUUUUGACAAUGGUCAAAGUGGCUGAGUCAGAUGACUAUGACAAGUGUUUGAAAGUUCAUCUGCAAAAGAUUUUGACAGAACCGAAAUCACUUCAGACAACUAUGGUGAUUAUGGAUCUUUCAGACUUUUUUAUCAAUCACAUUAGCCAAGAAGAUAUCGGAAAUCUUCUUGUUCCAGAACUAUUUGUCUGUCUUGAACCCGGUACUCCAAAGUCAUUGGAAACUGUACAGAAUGCAAUUUCAGUUUUAUCAAAAUAUCUGAGUAGUACUCAGAUUGUUCAGUUCAUUUUACCACACCUUAAAGAAAUUUAUCAUCGUAAAACAUCAAAUCCUAAGAUUCGUAUAGCUUGUUUGGAAUGUAUAGGAAGACUUUUGACAAAUAUGACCCUAUCGACGGUGUGUGAAGAUGUACUCCCUUUUGUCAGCUCUAUUCGAACAGUUGAUCGAGAAUUAGUCCUUGCUGUUUUAGCUUUAAAUCGCCGACUUAUAUCAGAUAGGAAAGGAGAAAUUUCUUAUACCUACAUAGCUGGAAUGUUAUUACCAUCUAUGGUUAACUUCUUAGCUCUGCAGACACUAACUAUUUCUGAUUUCCGGGCAGUCAUUAAUUUAACACGGACUAUGUUGGAUUUAAUUGACCGUCAGCGUUCAAUUGAAUUAAGGUCUCAAACUGUUUCAAAAUCGGCCGGUGGAAGCUGUUCUGAUAUGAGUUCACCAUUUGCCCCUCCUCGAAAUCUUCCAUUAAUUGCUAUGCAGCGUCCAACAAUAGAUUCGGAAUUAUUAUGCGCAGAUAUAGAUGAUCCAAAACUUUCAAGAUCAAGUUUAGAUUAUCGACGUAGUUCUGGCAGUGAAGUAAGCGGCACUAGUCGCUGGAGUAGGAAUAGUUUGCUGCUCCAACGAUUGCAAGCAUCACAGCAUCGAUCAGAGAGCCUCCUUUUCAAUACAAAGCACAGAAACUCCACUGGAGAUCACCGAUUCUGGAAUGAAACCUCAAGCAAUCCGAGCUUUAAUUAUCAUGCACAUUCUGGUGGAAAUUCUCGUGUAGGUGCCAGUCCUUUCUACAUACAAAGUCCAGUUUCUGGAGAUUUACACAAGAUACGAAGAUAUUCUGGAAAUUUGCCAACUCGGUCAAUGGAAAACCAGGACAACUUAGGUUCAUUAAAUGUCCCAAGGUACAACAGUGGAUUUUUGGAUCCCAGAAGACAUAGUUACGGUUUCACACCAAGUACAUCAACAAAAUCCUUGAUUACUGUUAAUGUAUGCGAAGGGCCUUUUGUUACUCCUUUCAGUUAUCGCAGUUCAAUCCGUCGAAAUUCUGGUUGGAGUUGUGGACAGUUUCCAAGUUCUCAAGUGGUGAAUACUACUGCUGAAGAUAUUCAAAGACGUUCCAGUUUGAAUGUUAUAAGUGAUCUGCUGGUGUCGACAUUCAAGAAAGUUUUGUGAAAGACAGUAUCAAUACUGCUAGAAAAGAACUAAGCAUAAAUUAAAUUGUGGAUAUCGCCGUUAUUAUUCUUACUAUUAGUAUUACUAUUAAUACUAUCAGAGUGGUGACUGUCUGUUAUUUUGAUGUUUCUACAAUUUUUUUCCUCUUGUAUAAUAAUACUUAUUAUUAUAUAAAAUGAAGGAAGAUUUAAUGUUCAAUGGGUUCGUUUUCCUUCACUUCUAAUUAGCUUGAAUUAAUACCUAAGCAGACAAGCCAUCGACUGUUACAAAAAUUAUUGUUAUUGACAAUGCUUUCUAAUCACGUGAUAUGAAAUGUUAUGUAGAGAAAAAUAAAAUAAAUGAUUUAUCUAGCUAACUUAUCGUCAACUACUUUUUUAAAGUUUAUCUAAAGAAAAUUAGAUUAUCUGCAAUACUCAAAUGGUGACAUAUGUAAU